GAGUCAGUCGGUCGCCGUACAAGCUAUAAUCGACACAUGCACUGCACAAGCUCGCGACUACGCUACACCUUUUCCAUUGGGCUCUCUGAAUUGUACGCGCAUACGCUCGACAUACGUUAAUACCUGCAUAUAUUCCUGCAUGCGUAGUGCACGCGCCAACACGUUAGAGCCUCGCAAGGAUUUAUAAAACUCGUCAGCUUUAUCCUCGGAAGGAUCGGUCGUUGUGUUUUAGCUUCGCUGAUUACUCCUUACUUAUUUAACGAGACUCGAUCUCCGUUUUCUGUGCAUUGUUGUUGUGUGUCUCAUCGAUUCACACGCAUAGAUCAAGCUGGAGUUGUGUCCAAGGAACAUGAGUCUGCAUCUCGAGGACGAGGAGAUCGACGAAUACAGAGAUGGCUCGGUGCGCCUCAGGAAUCCCAACAUCGAGCUCAUGGAUCAGGAUAUUCUUUACCACCUCGCGCUCGGCAGCGGCUCGCACGACCUCGUCGAGAUGUUUGGCGACGUCAAGUUCGUCUGUAUGGGCGGCACACCAAAGAGAAUGGAACAAUUCGCCGAGUACAUAAUGGCCGAAAUAGGUCACAAAAUUCCAGCCGGCACGGCUCUGCACGACAUCAGCCAGUAUUCCUAUCGCUACUCCAUGUACAAAGUUGGACCCGUGCUCUGCGUUAGCCACGGCAUGGGCAUACCGUCGAUAGGAAUAUUACUUCACGAAAUCAUCAAGCUCAUGUACCACGCCAAGGUGAAAGAUCCAAUUUUCUUCAGGAUAGGCACGUGCGGCGGUAUUGGCAUCGAGGGUGGUACCGUCGUCAUCAGCGAGGAGGCCGUCGACGAGAUGCUCAAUCCGUAUCACGAGCAGCACGUCCUGGGUAAAAAAGUGUGCCGACCCACGACGCUCGACGCGAAACUCGUGCGCGAGCUCAAAGCUCUGUCUCACGCGGACGACCCGUACGACACCGUCUCGGGCAAGACCAUGUGCACGUCGGACUUUUACGAGGGCCAGGGCCGCCUCGACGGGGCCUUCUGCGAGUUCGACGAGAACGACAAGAAGGAGUACAUGCAGAAGCUCCUCGACGCCGGCGUCAUCAACAUCGAGAUGGAGAGCACGGCUUUCGCCGCCCUCACGCACUUCGCUGGCAUCAAGGCCGCCAUCAUCUGCGUCGCGCUUCUCGAUCGCUUCAAGGGCGAUCAGGUCUGCGCACCGAAAGAAGUGCUGAACGAGUGGCAAGCGCGCCCCCAGACCCUCGUGUCGCGCUACAUCAGGCGCUACCUGCAGCGCAAAGGUCGCCUCAACAUGACCGACAGUCACGGCAACAUCUGCGUCAAGAGUCCAAGACGCUUUAAGCUCGUACAGCAGGAGUCGGAAAAUUACGAGUAAAGGCCAUCGUCGCUGCAAAAAAAACCUUCUUCAAAAGGCUGCAUUAGACACAUUAACCGGCUGAAUGUAGGAGUUGGCCGCGGACACGACUCUCUGGAUAUCACGUAGUCAAAUUUUCCUUCGCUAUUUACAUCAAUUUUUUCCAUUACAAAUGAUCUACGUGUUUUAGUUUAAAUAACCUAAUGCGCAAAGUUGAUUUCAACUUAGUAACUUCAUGGCUCUGAGCGAGAACUCUUUUCGCGUACCAAGAGUCCAGAGCAAAUUCAGUAUUGUGUUUUUGCGAUAUUUAGUAUACAAAAUGGUGCAUUUUAAAAAUGCGACACACUGCUGACGUAUCAUAUAUGUGUAGUUGAAUUUUUUUCACUGGGCUGUAAGGGGUAUUAAUUUCUAAAUUACGCCUCAUCCCUCAUUUUUUAAACAUAUUUUAGUUUAAGAUUUUUAUUAUAUUAUAACGCAUUUGGUACAAAUUGAAAACAAUAAAUUAUUCAUUGUUAUUCGUUUUGAGAAUGAUCCCAUAUCCUCGCCUACUAUUUGAAAUUAUUUUGAGACUAACUGUUUACACAUUUCAAUUAUGAUAUCCGAUACUUAUCAAGAAUUUCGGACUGACAGCGCGUCACUUUAAAAAAAAUAAAAACAAAACAUAUUUUUAUGAAUGUUGCCUUACAAAAUGAAAUUAUUACAUAUAUUCAAACAAUAAUAACUUGUUGCCGAAAUUUUGUGCCGUUUUACACUGAAUAAUAAUCUUGUUUGUCAAUUAUUUUUUCUUGAUUAUAAUAAAAAAUAUCAUUUUUUAAAAAUGUGUUUUCAUCGUCUGGUGAAAUUAUAACUUUUUGACGACAUUCCUACAUUAAUACUCUCAUGUUAAUGAGAUUAAUUAAAUAAUCCCUCUUUAAUAAUGAAUAUUUAUUAAAUUUUGAAGUUGAUUAACAACUGCUGAUAUUGAAAAACACUUAUUAAACUAAUGACAACUCAACUAUUAGUUGAAACGAAACUGUAAAAAUGCCUAGAGAUUUCUCAACUUUUCUCAAAGGAGAGAAAAUUAAAAAAAAAUGAAUUGAAUCAAGUUCCACUUAUAACUACAUAAGAUAAUAAGAAAAUGAAUAUUAAGAAUGAUAAUUGAAAAAUAUGUACAAAUGUUGCGGGUAGUCACAUGAACAUAGAGAUGCAAUAUGCUUUAAUUUGAUGAAGUAUCAAGACCUAGUAUCUGAGUAGACAAAAAUUCAAUGAAAUUUUAGGGUUUUUUAAUGUGCUAGAAAAAGGAAUGGUUUAAGAGAUUGUUGAAAUAAUUAUUAUAGUAAAAAUGCUACGAAAAAAAAGAAAAAAACAUUGAAAUAAAAGUAUUUAAAUAAUCAGACCAAACAGCAUGCUAUAUAUGUACGACCAUCGAAAUGAAUGUGUAAAUGUCACUAAAAUGCAAAAAUAACAUAGAAUAUUAAAAAUAUCACGAUUAUUUAUCUGCACAAAAGAAAAUAUACACAAAAGGCAAUAUUCAGGUUUUGCGAGAAAAAAACACAGCACUACAAUAGAGCAAUACUUAGUGAAAAAAGAAAAAGGAAAAAAAAUCAGCUUAAUGUAUGCAUAAGGUUAAUGAACGAGGCGUACACAACGACAAAAGGUCUGUGAUGUUAAGAUAAAAACCCACUGAAAUCGAUUUCUCAAAAACAAUAUCACAUUAUCGAAUCUGUGAAAAAUACUUGGAGAGAUCGUUUCGGGUUUUCGGUUCGAAGAGUUAAUUUUCGCUCAAAAGGUCAUACAAGUAUAAUUAAAUCUUAUAUACAUGUAAUAUCUGUGAUACUUUAAUAAUCUAUUGCAAUUUUUCAGCUCUUUCUGUUCACACCCUUGCCAAAUGCCAAAUACCGAAAAGCGAAAUUGAUUUUUAUUUAUCAAUAUAUUGAAAAUAUAAAUAAAGACGGCUGCCUGUUUUCUCUAUUCGCUAAUAAUCAAAUAUCUUGUGAGAGAAAAAUUUUAAUCAAAGUUAGUUUGAAAUUUGUUACAAUACAUAAUAUAAAAAUAAAAAAACGAGCGUAAUAAUAUAUUAUGAGAUCUGUGUUGCAUUAAAAUUUUGCUAUAUAAUAUCAUACACAGUAUAGUUGCGGUUAUUCUGAAUAUAACACUGCAGAUUCGUAAAAUAAAUACUAAGAAUUAAGUGUUUAUUCUUCGAUUACAUAAUUCAUUAUAUUACAUUGUUGCGACGAAGAAAAGAACGUUAGUGUAUAUAUUUACAUAUAAAAUAUUAUGCGUUACAUAUAUAAAAACUAUUAAUCAUA